AUGCAACCUGGUGACAAGUCUCGCUUUACUGAUCUUUAUAAUGAACCUGUAGAUCAUCUUUUAUCACCAAUAAGAGGCUACCAAGAUAAACCACUUGUUUCACUUACUCAAGCCAUUGAACCAGUUUCUGGAUUUUUUAAUGAAAUUGAAGACGAUAUCUUUGUUGCAUUGCAUAAUUGUCAAAACCCAGCUGACGAAUUAAACCAACAAGAAUCAGCUUCUAUACAUCUAUAUACGAUGCAACUUAGUGGCGGACCAAGUUUAUAUCAUUUACUUAAUCAGUCAUUAUGUGCUGAAAAUCGUGAUGAAUUGCAACCAUGGUUCUUAUUCUUGAAAUUAUUUCUUACUGCACUACAUAAAUUACCAUCACAAAGUGGAAUAGUAUGGCGUGGUAUUCGAGAUGUUGAUUUAAGUUCAAAAUACAAAAAGGGUAUGAAAUUUGCUUGGUGGGGAGUGAGUUCUUGUACUGUUGAUAUUGAAGUACUUGAAUCAGAUCAAUUCUUGAGUAAAUAUGGAAAACGUACUCUCUUUUCAAUUGAAUGCAUCCAUGGAAAGUCCGUUGCAAAACACUCGUACUUUAAAAAUACCGAAAAAGAAAUUAUUCUUAUGCCAGGUUCAUAUUUCGAAGUGAUGGGCCAAUUAAAUCCAGCACCUGAACUUCAUAUUAUUCAAUUAAAAGAAAUUGCGCCACCAAUUGCACUUGUUAAACCACCAUUUUCUAAAGCGAACGAACAAAAAUCUUCUUCGGUCGUUCAUAAACCAAGUACAUUUUCUCCAUCGAUGUCAACAAUGAUGAAAACUGCCAAAAGUGUUUCAGAUAAAAUGCCAUCAAUCACAUCAGGUAUGAACAAUUUUAUUCUAUUCAUUUUUACUUUUCCAACAAAUUGA